CGAAAAUAGAAAGAGCGUGUAUUUUGAAAAAGAAAAUAAGGGUUUGGGCAAAUCGAGAAACUAGGGCAUCGACAGUCGUGCUUUGACUCCGUUUCCAAGCGCUUCCCAAUCUUCCUUCAUCGCUUGCAAUCGCAAGGACUGAUCCGGCCAUGUAUCGGAUCAAGAGUUGGCCUUCCUUCUUCGUACUAGCAGCUGCCGUCUUCUUCUACUGGAAGCCGCCUCUUCAAGAAAUGGCCGGGGAAGUUCCCAAUUCCAUCUACGAUGUCCAUGUGAAGGAUAUAAGCGGAAAUGAUGUUAGUCUGAGCAGUUACAGUGGAAAAGUUCUUCUUGUUGUCAACGUUGCUUCUAAAUGUGGUCUCACUCACUCCAACUACAAAGAGCUGAAUGUUGUGUAUGAGAAGUACAAAGAUGAGGGACUUGAAAUACUAGCAUUUCCUUGCAACCAGUUUGGCAGUCAAGAACCUGGAACCAAUGAAGAAAUUAAGGAGACCGUAUGCACAAGGUUCAAAGCUGAGUUUCCAAUAUUCGAUAAGGUUGAAGUGAACGGUAAAAAUGCUGCACCAUUAUACAAGUUCUUGAAAUCAAAGAAAGGUGGGUUUCUAGGUAAUCGCAUCAAGUGGAACUUCACAAAGUUUCUUGUGGACAAAGAUGGCACAGUUGUUGAGAGAUAUUUACCGAUAACAUCACCCUUAAAAAUUGAGAAGGACAUUCAAAAACUAUUGGGAACUGCAUCAGGGUAAAAAGGUAACUGUCAUGAAGUCUUAGGUCAAUAAGGGGAAUCAAUCAAUUUAAAUACAUCUCAACAAACAGAUGCAAGUCAUGAGUUGCCAAAGUUCUCAGUCAUCAGUAUUUUGUUGUUUUUUUCUGUGUUCACUGGUGCCCACAGAUCUGCUCCAUUGCUUUGUGCAAGCUUGUGUAUCGAGUUGAUCGGCAUGAGGCAGAGACCGCACCUUCUCAGACUUGAAUUCUUAGAGGUUACUCACUUCGAUCUCCCCUUCCAUUGUUGUCUCAAGAUAUGGAGCACUCAGCACCUGGACUUGUUCUUGGAGGAAUUUGAUAUAUGCAGCGGCCUCAGCAAGCACAGAGGCUGUAUCUGUCUGAGUUCAUGCAAAAAAAUAAAAUAAAAUAAAAAGGUGAAACCAGUUGCUGAAGCUUUGCUACUCGUUCUCCAACCUUGUCCUUCUGCCGCACACCCCAAUCUUGAGCAUCAAAACAUCGGUAUCUGUAUCGAGAUUAAAUUUGUAGAAAGAAAAGAAGAACACAGACCUUGGCAGGGAUGUCAGUCUUAAGCCUCUCCUCACCAGCUAAGUUUCUCAGGACAAAACUAUUAUUAUUACUGCAAUUUCUUCUUCUUUUGUGAUCAACCAUUUUGGCCAUCAUCCACCAUCAUCAUCUUCUCCUUCUACCCUCUGAAAGAUUGUCUUGCCACUGAUUUUAAUUCGGCUCAGUUUAGAAGAAAAUCUCUGAAAGAUGAAGAAGAACUAGCACUAAUUGAGGAGUUACUGUCUGCUUUUAUUCCUCCAUUAAAGUGGAGCUUUAUGAAUGAUAGGUAGAGGAAGAGAAGAAUAGAUAGAUAGGAGACAGAUUAUGGUGAGAAAUUGAGGAAAUUUAUAUGGGCAAAUAUAAAUAAUUUGAUGGUUUUUUAUGGCUUUCACAGCUAAUAUCCAACCCAUGAUGGUGCCCACAGAUAGUCCUGAUGUCAUUCUCUUAGCUUGAGGACAAGAAUUCAAGCUUUCAACUCAGGUUGUAGCUAGGGUUGCCCCUGAGAUGCUUGUGAGGACUAUUUAGUGUUCCUGUGGCUUCAAGCAUGUUUCUUUUCCCUCAAAUUGUUUGAGCUGCUACAUGAUUAGGGUGUUUCUAUCCCAAUAAAGACACAUUCUGGAGGUCGACUUUUAAGUGUA